UGUUUGUUGGAAACCAAGUUUCAUAGAACUAUCUCGUUUUCAGCUCUUGGUUGCAUGUAAAUACAAGAAAACUCUGCUUGCUCAUGAAAGAGAAGCUCACGCAAAAUUCAUGGAAGUGAUCACCCGACAUCGCAAUCAUCUUCCACAAGUGAUCAUACAUUGUUUUACUGGAAACAAGGAAGAAAUUAAAGCUUACGUUGAUAUGGGAUUUUAUAUUGGAAUCACCGGCUUUAUUUGUAAAGGUAAAACAACCAACGGUCUGUGCCAGUGUAGGUAGCGACGAUACAAAACAGCUGCGGUUUGAGAGAGAUACAACUAUACCUGACAUACAAGCAUGACUUCAAGUUCUACUUAUAUUUUUCAGGUCGUUGUAUCUCUCUCAUUCUGCAGCUGUUCCGUAAAACAAAAUUGUUGUUCGCAAUGAGGAUGAACUGCAGUAGCAUGUAAAAAGAUUGUCCAUGCUGACGUCUCUUUAGUCUUCCUAAACUUCUGCAUAAGAUUUGCAUGAAGUUUCCGCAGGCAGGGAAGUAAGUGCGCAGGCAGCGAAACUUAUUUUUAUUUUGUCAAUUUAAAGCGAACAAUUGACAGGAUUUAAUCCGAUCAGCCCAUCACUUUUAAGUUUCACAAUCACAUGGUCGUAAAGAUUGGUUUUAUUAGUGACUGUUUAUCCUUCCACAUGCUACCUACAGUAAAAUGUUACGUUUCGCAGAAAAAAACGACUGAACAAGCAGCUAUUACAUGUACUGUAUGUGUAAAUCCAUUCCGAUAAACGAGUAACAUUUCUUAUCCGAUCAGGCAACUUGUAUAUUAUAUAGUGCUAGCAUUCGGACAUAAAAAUCAAGAGAAUACGAUACUUUCAAUUGGUGUGCACGCACUACUUUCAAGCAUAGUCAAUAGAAGAAGGUUAUAGGAAACUCGAUGCAGACAUAAUAGACCUCAUUACGUUUUUUGUCUUGGUUUUUGCCAGAAAUGCAUGGUCGGUUCAUAGUCACGUGUGUAUUGUAUUUUCACUAGAGCAACCAAUAGCUAUGUUUUCAUUUAACCAUUGUGUAAUAUCACGAUUGGGUAAUCAAACCAACACACUGCUAAUGGUUGGUUGGGUGAAAAAACAACACACACGUGACGAUGAACCAGUGAACUCUAAUAAGACUGGAACGUAACUCAGGUAAACAUGCCCAUACUUGCCUGAAGCCAACCGAGCAAGGAAAUUGCACUUUUAAAAGGACUAAGGAGAGUUUCGAGGAGUGGGAAUUCAGUCAAAGUUUUAUAUUUUCGACGAAAAUGAGCAAGAAAAGUCGCUUUUCAUCAAAAAGCUUCAAUAUUAAAAACCCAAAUGCGAUUUAUUUGAUAGUUAGAACUGCUUUGCAUUAGGCAACAGCAAAAGUUUGAAGGGUAUCAGGUUUGUUUUCAUAAAAACGACACUAGUUGAACGUGCCGAAGUGAACUUUGCUCUUUAACUAAAAAAAAACAACUUUGAAACAUAGGGCUACGGACCAAUACCUUUUUUGUAUUAAGGUCUAGGCAUAGUUGUUUAUUUUGUGUGCUUUUUGACUUGUCUAAAACGUGAAUAAAUCGAUUUUUCCGUAGAAAUCCCCCUUGAUUUGUGAUUUGUGAUUUGGCGCCCGGGAGAAGUUCGCGCGCUGUGACUUUCAAAAAAGAACUGGGGAGAGUUCAAUUUCCUCAUAAUUUUGGGGUUUUUUAGCAAAAAUACGCCGAAAAAUUAGGUUUUUCGUACGAAGAUUUCAAUUUCAAAGAUUCAAACUUGGUUUUCUGGAUAGUUCUAAGUAUUCUACAUCCACUAACAGCAAAAUCUCGAAAGGAACCAUUUUUGUAUUCAAGAAAAUAACAAAAUAUUUUCCGUGCCGAACAAAAUACGACUUUCAGGUACACAAAAAAUAAGGUUAAGUCUUUUCCACGGCUUCCAAACAUGGCUUGUGCAAUAGUCCAAGUAUCGUAGAUGUUUUUAAGCUUUUUAUCUAUGUUCUAGCAUAGCUAGAAAGGCAGAAAUCCGAGUUUUUCGAAGAGGUGUAUUUUCGCCGCCGUACCUCCAAUGGCGGCCUCCAAUUUGGCUUCAAAGAUGGCGGCCGAGUUAUCGUUCCAGUCUUAUUAGAGUUCACUGCGAUGAACCGACCAUAUUUUGCAUAAGACAAACAACAUCGUGACGAUGAACCGACCAUUUUUUGCACAAGACGAAAGCAUGGAUAAUGAGGUCUGUUAUGUCUGCAUCGUGUUUCCUUCUAUUGACUAUGUUUCAAUUACAUUAAUGGUUGCAUUAACGAUGCCGCUCAAAAUGUCAAAAUGUUUCAAAGAUGACGAAAACUUUCACAGGUCGGUAGUUAAGACAUGAGACAUCCGCAGGAAUAUUUAUCCAGUUCCUGCGAAAGGGGCCUAAAACGAUGAAUAUUUUUUGUUCAGAACCUCGCAGUCGUCAAAUUCGUGAAGCAAUCAAAGAUGGUACUCUACCACUUGACAAAAUUAUCAUUGAAACAGACGCUCCAUAUAUGGUUCCCAGUCUCCCACUCUCACAACUGGAUGAAACAAGCCGCAUGUUGUUAAUGAGAUGCAGGGAGGGACGGAAUGAGCCGUGCACUCUGCCUGUUAUUGCCAAAACUAUCGCGAAAUGUAUGGGACGUGAGGCCAAGGAGGUUGCUCGUGUUACAACUGCUAAUGCUGCUAGAGUGUUUGGUUUGUCAGCACCGCCAGUAUAAAUACUGUUAACAAUUCGAUGAAUAAAUUACGUUGGAUGUUCAAGUUAUUUACUGUAGUAUCCUUACGUUUUGUAAUAACAUUGGAAAUAUGGAUAUGAACAAUGGACAGCAAUCAACUCAAAUAUUUGUGUUUAUUUUUGUAUUGUACGUAUUUCAGUAGAUAUAUUGCGGCAGUUGGGUGAAUGUAUAGAUGAAUAUACGACAGUGUAAUUCGCCGCUUAUACCUUAGCUUGUGAUGUGUUAAAUGUUUUACGAUACACUUUGUUGUAAACGCUAGUGAACGAGGGAAGACAUUGUUGACUGACAAAUGUUUUCCGCUCAGUAAAUUUGAAAAUUGUGGAGAUUAUAAAUUAUAACGUAUAUCAACUAUCCUGGCUUUCAG